AUGGCGCGACUUUCGCAAUCAAUCACUCCGUCGCUUAACAGAAGCGCAAUCGACGUUGCCUCGGUAGAACUUGGAAGUUUGCUGUUGCGACUACAAAAGACCGUCCUACAUACAGACAGCGACCGCGAACGAAGGCUACGAUCUAGCGAGUUCGAGAGAGCAAGGGUGGCAUCGAACCUCGAGUAUGCACGGAGUUCUUUGACCAAAUUGGAACAUGAUGCAUUGGCCAUUAAAGCCCCAGGUCGACGGGCCGAAGUACAAGGAGACCUAAAUGGGAAAAGGGAGCUGCUAGAAGCACUCCUGGACCGGCUAGAAGACCUGAGACAAGUAGCAAUCGACGAGGAUGAAGACGAUACGAGCACAGAUGGAGAGGACAUCCUGUCCGAGAUAAUACCCACGCCGAGCGAUAGUGUGGCCGACUCUAUAUCAACAGGCCACCCGACCUCGAGCUCAGGACAAGACGACGAUGGCGAUUCAGAUCCUCUAGAGACAACCACAAUACCAGCAACAACAAUAACAACAACAGCCACAGCUACGGCGCCAGUCUCAACGACACCCCCUGAAACCUCAACCUUCUCGCAGCAACCAAACCAACCGCCCACACAAACCACACAGACUCUUCGACCCCGAGGGGCACCUUCAUCACCAACACCAUCAUCUCACUCAACUGCUCGCGCCGCCCUCUUCGCCAACCGCAGCAAGCCCUCUACUCCCCAGACCUCAACGGCAACAGCCGAGGCCCUCCUCGACCGCCAACGCGCCGAGCAAGAUGCUCUCUCAGAGUCGAUUCUUCAGAUGGCGGGUGCUCUUAAGUCUAGCUCACAAAAGUUCUCCGAUACGCUUGAUGCAGAUAAGGAGGUUGUUGGUCGUGCGGGCGAGGGCAUGGACAAGACCGAGCAGAGCAUGGAGGCGGCCAGGGGUCGAAUGGGGACUUUGAAGAAGAUGACAGAGGGGAAGGGAUAUUUUGGAAGGUUACUUCUUUUCGCUUGGGUUUAUGGCCUGAUGGUUGUCUGCAUUUUGGUAGUAUUUAUUAUGCCCAAGUUGAGGUUUUGA